GGGAGGGACAGUUCAGGAAGCAAAAAAAAAAAAGCCUUAUUUAUUAUCAUUUUCCCCACUGUUGGCAUGGCAACACAGGCGUACGUUACGGAAUUACAGGCAGCUCAGCAACAGUCACAACAGCAACAGGCGCAGCAACAGCCGGCGGCGACGGCGACAACGGCGGCACCGGCAGCAGCCCAGCAACAGUAUGUAGCGGAAUUGCAAAGCACGCAGCAACAACCAGCCACUCAGAAACAGUAUGUCUCGGAAAUCCAGGCCCCACAGCCGCAGGCUCAGGCCACGGGCCAACAAACUCCAACACCAGCCCCGCAGCAGUAUAUCAUAGUCACGGUGUCCGAAGGUGCCAUGAGGCCCAGUGACUCCGUCUCCGAGUCCAGCCCGGGCUCGACGGCCACACAGUCUGGGGUGCCAACACAGGUGGUGCAGCAAGUGCAGGCCACACAGCAGAGGCUGUUGGUUCAAGCCAGCGUGCAGGCUAAGCCACCUUCGGUAUCCCCCCUCCAGCUAACAGGUGUGCAAGUGCCCCAGCAGGACUUCUUUUGUAUCCUCCCUUUGCAGCGGCUGGUGGUGCAGAGUACUUCCCAGGCUAGCAAAGGAAGCCAAGUCUCGGUGGCCGUGCACAGUGUUCAGCAGCAGGUCCAUUCUCCACCGGAGCACUCCCCUGUCCAGAGCAACAGCUCCACCGCCAAACCAGGACAAGUGCAGCAGCUUCAGGUGCAUGGAGUCCAGCAAGUGCCCGUCUCGCAAGAGCGCUCGGUCGUGCAGACCACCCCCCAGGCCCCGAAAUCGGGCACAGUACAACAGCUGACGGUGCAAGGACUCCAGCAGGUUCACGUCACUCAAGAGGUGCAGCAGCUGCAGCAGGUGCCCGUCCAGCAUGUCUAUCCCAACCAGGUGCAGUACGUGGAAGGGGGCGACGCCAGUUACACAGCGAGCACCAUACGUUCCAGCACUUACCCGUACACAGAGACCCCUCUCUAUACGCAGAACACAGGAGCUAAUUACUAUGAAUCGCAAGCCACCCCGGCGCAGGUCACCACUCCUGCAACCUCCCAGACCGUGGCCAGCACUGGAUCCGUCCCUAUGUACGUCUCCGGAGGGCAGAUCAUAGCCAAUCCGAGUGGAGGAGGCGGAGGAGGCGGCGGAGGAGGUGGUGGUGGCGGAACGGGAACCUAUGUGAUUCAGGGAGGAUACAUGUUAGGAAGCUCCAGUCAGUCUUACUCCCACACCACACGUGCCUCUCCAGCAACCGUCCAGUGGCUGCUGGAUAACUACGAGACGGCCGAGGGCGUGAGCCUGCCGCGCAGCACUCUCUACUGCCAUUACCUGCUGCACUGCCAGGAGCAGAAACUGGAGCCAGUAAACGCAGCGUCUUUCGGCAAGCUGAUCCGAUCCGUGUUCAUGGGACUCCGCACCCGCAGGCUUGGCACACGAGGGAACUCCAAGUACCACUACUACGGCCUCCGCAUCAAAGCCAACUCGCCACUGCUGCGCCUGAUGGAGGAUCAGCAGCACCUGGCCAUGAGGCAGCAGCCCUUCUCCCAGAAGCAAAGACUCAAGCCCAUUCAGAAGAUGGAGGGGAUGACCAACGGGGCGGCGGUGGGCCAGCAGCCGGGCUCCGGGCUGUCUGACAUCAGCGCUCAAGUGCAGCAGUAUCAGCAGUUCCUGGAUGCGUCACGGACCCUCUCCGAGUUCUCUGAGAUAGACCUACAAGGGAAACCUCUGCCUGAUGGCAUCGGGGCAGAGGAUGUGAAGGCCUUCCAGCUGCUCUACCGAGAGCAUUGUGAGGCCAUCGUGGACGUGAUGAUAAACCUGCAGUUCACUCUGGUGGAGACCUUAUGGAAGACCUUCUGGAGGUACAACUUGAAUCAGCCCAGUGAAGCCACCCCCAUAGCAGUUCACGAUGAAGCAGAGAAGCGUCUCCCAAAGACCUGCCUGGUGAUACUGUCCAAAUACGAACCUGUCCUGAAAUGGACAAAGGACUGUGACAACAUGCUGUACCAGGGGCUGGUGGAGAUCCUCAUCCCCGACGUUCUCCGGCCCAUUCCCAGUGCCUUGACGCAAGCGAUCCGAAAUUUCGCCAAGAGUUUGGAAAGCUGGUUAACCAACGCAAUGAUGAAUAUCCCUGAAGAGAUGGUCCGAGUGAAGGUGGCAGCAGCAAGUGCCUUUGCCCAGACUCUGCGGCGAUACACCUCCCUGAACCACCUCGCCCAGGCUGCCCGGGCCGUAUUACAGAAUACGGCCCAGAUCAACCAGAUGCUGAGCGACCUCAAUCGGGUGGACUUUGCAAACGUCCAGGAGCAGGCCUCGUGGGUGUGCCGCUGUGAGGACCGCGUGGUGCAGCGCCUGGAGCAGGAUUUCAAGCUGACCCUGCAGCAGCAGAACUCCCUGGAGCAGUGGGCGGUGUGGCUGGACGGGGUGGUCACCCAGGUCCUCAAGCCCCACCAGGGCAGCUCCAGCUUCCCCAAGGCCGCCAAGCUUUUCCUCCUCAAGUGGUCCUUCUACAGCUCCAUGGUAAUCCGGGAUCUGACCCUGAGGAGCGCCGCCAGCUUCGGCUCCUUUCAUCUCAUCCGGCUCCUCUACGACGAGUACAUGUACUAUCUGAUAGAGCACCGAGUGGCCCAGGCCAAGGGAGAGACCCCCAUCGCUGUCAUGGGAGAGUUUGCUAACCUGACGAGCUCCUUGAAUUCUCUGGACGCAGACAAAGAUGAGGAGGAGGAGGAAGAGGAGGAGAGCGACGACGAGAUGCAGCAGGAGAUUUCCCUCAACUCCAAUGACUCCAGCAGCCUGACAGCCGAGCCCCUGGAGCCCCCCUCCAAGCUCUCACGGACGGACUCCAGGGGGAUCUUUGUGCAAGCCCUGCCUUCCAGCUAGAGGCCAGAGACGCCUGCGUGGGCCUGGAG